AUGGCGAAUGAUGGUCUGAUUGGGCCUUGUUGUCUGCAUGGCACCAGAAAAGCGGGCGGCAAGCCUGGUGCAUGGCGCCUGGAAUAUGCAGUGGAAAAGUGGCACGGUAGAGCGUACUGGUUGGGGCAAAGCUGCUCACCUGUCAAGUAUGCCUCGCUGUCAGAUGAUAACGAGUACAUGCUCAACAAGGACGAUCCGUCUCUGCGGGUCAGCCUCCGCUGCAGAUUUGGGAGGCUUACCUACUUGGCAUCUAACGGCGGGAGCAAGCCACGAGAAUGUUGCUCGGAUAAAUCAGAGCGUCCUCAGGCUACGGCCCCGCUGGUCCAUAGGUUGAUUGGGCCAAGGCCGUCCAAGAGUUGGCGUGUAUUGGCAGACAGCGUACAGCCGGUCAAGCAUACGGGCUUUCUUGGUCGCGCGUUAGCUUUGGCUGUGCUGACCUCGACCGGUGCAUCUGCAAACUGCAUCGACGGCAGACUCGUCGGACGUCAAGAUUGA